UGCGGGGAGCGGCGGGGCCGGGAGCGGGCGCCGGAGCCGAGCCGAGCCGGAGCAGGCGCCGGAGGCCGGCGCGGCGAGCAGCAACCAUGUCGGUGUUGGGGAAGCUGUUCGGGACUGGAGGGGGUAAGGGGAGCAAGGGCGGCCCGACCCCUCAGGAGGCCAUCCAGCGGCUUCGGGACACGGAGGAGAUGCUAAGUAAGAAGCAGGAGUUCCUGGAGAAGAAGAUCGAACAGGAGCUGACGGCUGCCAAGAAGCAUGGCACCAAAAACAAGCGCGCGGCCCUGCAGGCUCUGAAGCGCAAGAAGAGGUAUGAGAAGCAGCUGGCACAGAUCGAUGGCACCCUGUCAACCAUCGAGUUCCAGCGGGAGGCCUUGGAGAAUGCCAACACCAACACAGAGGUGCUCAAGAACAUGGGCUAUGCCGCCAAGGCCAUGAAGGCUGCCCACGACAACAUGGACAUUGAUAAAGUGGAUGAGUUGAUGCAGGACAUUGCUGACCAGCAAGAACUUGCAGAGGAGAUUUCCACAGCUAUCUCCAAACCUGUAGGCUUUGGGGAAGAAUUUGAUGAGGAUGAGCUCUUGGCAGAGUUGGAGGAACUCGAACAGGAGGAGCUAGACAAGAAUUUGCUGGACAUCAGUGGGCCUGAAACUGUUCCACUACCAAAUGUUCCCUCUGUAGCACUACCAUCCAAACCUGUCAAGAAGAAGGAAGAGGAAGAUGAUGACAUGAAGGAAUUGGAGAACUGGGCCGGAUCCAUGUAACUGGUCCAGAAUAGGCUGGGCCCAGACAGACUCUGGUGGCCUGUGUGACGGGCAGGCAUGUGCGUGCGCAGGGCAGGCAGGACGUGGUGCAGGCAGCCUCCAUCACUCAACUCUCACCCAAAGCAGUAGGCCGCAUCACUGCUCACUCUCGCAUAGCAUGGUCUGUGCCCAGGGGCGGG